UCUGGGUUUUUAGUAAGGCAGUACGUUGGGCACCUAUCUAGGGCUUGGCUACGGGAAGAAAAGUCCUCUGCUUCACUGUCCCGGCUUGAAGCGCUUUCCACUUCUGUCCUCUUCUCAAGAUGGUGGCCUCCCGGGCAAUUGGCAGCCUCAGCCGCUUCACUGGCUCUAGGACGCUCCGCUUUCCAGGUUACUUUUGCCGCAGCUUUACUAGGUCCUCUGCUUUGCUUGCCAGAACCCACGUUAACUAUGGAGUCAAAGGAGAUGUGGCCGUUGUUAGAAUUAACUCACCCAAUUCGAAGGUAAAUACACUAAAUAAAGAGCUACAGUCAGAAUUCAUAGAAGUAAUGAAUGAAAUCUGGGGCAGUGAUCAAAUCAGAAGUGCCGUCCUUAUUUCAUCAAAGCCAGGCUGUUUUAUCGCAGGCGCUGAUAUCAACAUGUUGGCCUCCUGCAAGACUUCUCAAGAAGUAGCACAAAUGUCACAGGAAGGACAGAGAAUGUUUGAGAAACUUGAAAAGUCCCCAAAGCCUAUUGUGGCUGCCAUCAGUGGAUCCUGCUUGGGAGGAGGACUUGAGCUUGCCAUAUCAUGCCAAUACAGAAUAGCAACAAAAGAUAGAAAAACAGUAUUAGGUACUCCUGAAGUCCUGCUGGGGAUAUUACCAGGAGCAGGAGGCACACAAAGGCUUCCCAAAAUGGUGGGUGUGCCUGCUGCUUUUGACAUGAUGCUGACCGGUAGAAAUAUUCGGGCAGACAGAGCAAAGAAAAUGGGAUUGGUUGACCAAUUGGUGGAGCCCCUGGGACCAGGAGUAAAACCUCCAGAGGAGCGGACAAUUGAGUACCUAGAAGAAGUUGCAAUUAAUUUUGCCAAAGGCCUAGCUGAUAAGAAGAUUUCUACAAAGAGAAGCAAGGGUUUGGUGGAAAGAUUGACAUCAUAUGCCAUGACGAUUCCAUUUAUCAGGCAACAGAUCUACAAAAAGGUGGAAGAAACGGUACAGAAGCAGACCAAAGGCCUUUAUCCUGCACCUCUGAAAAUAAUCGAUGUGGUAAAGACUGGUAUUGAGCAAGGGAAGGAUGCUGGCUACCUCUGUGAAUCUCAGAAAUUUGGGGAGCUUGCUAUGACCAAAGAAUCAAAGGCCUUGAUGGGACUUUACCAUGGUCAGGUCCUGUGCAAAAAGAAUAAAUUUGGAGCUCCACAGAAGGAUGUUAAGCAUGUAGCUAUUCUUGGUGCGGGGCUGAUGGGAGCCGGCAUUGCCCAAGUCUCCGUGGAUAAGGGGCUAAAAACUAUACUUAAAGAUGCUACACUAACUGGGUUAGGCCGAGGACAACAACAGGUGUUCAAAGGAUUGAAUGAUAAAGUGAAGAAGAAAACGCUAACAUCAUUCGAAAGGGACUUUAUUUUCAGCAACUUGACUGGGCAGCUUAAUUAUCAGGGUUUUGAAAAGGCCGACAUGGUGAUUGAAGCUGUUUUUGAGGACAUUAAUCUUAAGCACAAAGUGCUAAAGGAAGUAGAAGCGGUGAUUCCAGGUCACUGCGUCUUUGCCAGUAACACUUCUGCUCUCCCGAUCAAUGAAAUUGCAGCUGCCAGCAAAAGACCUGAAAAGGUGAUUGGCAUGCACUACUUCUCUCCCGUGGAUAAGAUGCAGCUGCUGGAGAUUAUCACAACUGACAAAACAUCGAAGGACACAACUGCUUCAGCUGUCUCAGUUGGUCUCAAGCAGGGCAAGGUCAUCAUUGUGGUGAAGGAUGGCCCCGGCUUCUAUACCACCAGGUGUCUUGCACCCAUGAUGUCUGAAGUCCUCCGAAUUCUCCAGGAAGGAGUUGAGCCCAAGAAACUGGAUUCCCUGACCACAGGCUUUGGCUUUCCUGUGGGUGCAGCCACACUGGUGGAUGAAGUUGGUGUGGAUGUAGCCAAACAUGUAGCAGAAGAUCUAGGCAAAGCCUUUGGGGAGCGGUUUGGAGGUGGAAGUCUAGAGCUGCUGAAGCAGAUGGUGGCCAAGGGCUUCCUCGGUCGCAAGUCUGGGAAGGGCUUUUAUAUCUACGAGGAGGGUGUGAAGAGUAAGAAUCUGAAUUCUGACAUGGACAGCAUCUUGGCAGGUCUGCAGUUGGUUCCUAAGGCUGAUGUCUCCUCUGACAAGGAUAUCCAGUACCGCCUGGUGACAAGAUUUGUGAAUGAGGCCGUCAUGUGCCUCCAAGAAGAGAUCUUGGCCACACCUGCUGAGGGCGACAUUGGAGCUGUCUUUGGGCUCGGCUUUCCCCCUUGUCUUGGAGGGCCUUUCCGCUUUGUGGAUCUGUAUGGUGCUCAGAAGGUGGUGGACCGGCUCAGGAAGUAUGAGGCUGCCUAUGGCAAACAGUUCACCCCCUGCCAGCUGCUCAUUGACCACGCAACCAGCCACAAAAAGUUUUACCAUUGAGCGGACCCAUAGCCAUUCAUUAAGCUUACUGACCCCCCCAGCUGCAGGCAGUGCCGUUUCUCCAACAGAGCAGUGUCUAGAUUUCUGGUACCAGAAAGAGAACUUGGCCACCAGAUUUGCUCUUUGAAACUGCCUUCAGCUAUGAC